AUGGAUUCAAUCUUUUUCAAUGGGGAUCUCACAGACCUCUUCUCACUCUACAACUACACCGACUACAGCACUGCUAUGCCCAGUGUGGCUGUCUCCUCCUCCCCAUGCCGGCCUGAUAGCUCUUCCCUCAAUAAGUACCUGGUAGUGGUGAUCUAUUGCCUUGUCUUCCUCCUCAGCGUGGUAGGGAAUGGGCUGGUCGUGUUGGUGGUGACAUCCAGCCACACAAACCGUUCUGUCACUGACGUCUACCUGCUCCACUUGGCCGUGGCAGACCUGCUUUUCGCCUUCAGCCUGCCGCUCUGGGCUGUCUACCGGGCCCACGAGUGGGUUUUCGGCACCGUGAUGUGCAAGGCCAUCUCUGUGCUGCAGGAGGCCAACUUCUACAGCGGCAUCCUGCUGCUGGCGUGCAUCAGCGUGGACCGCUACCUGGCCAUCGUCUAUGCCACCCGGGCCGCCACCGAGAAGAGGCACUGGGUUAAGUUUGUCUGCGUGGGCAUCUGGGUCUUCUCGGUGUUGCUCUCCCUGCCCGUUCUGCUCUUCCGUGAGGCUUUCCACUCACCCAACAACGGCACGGUGUGCUACGAGCGCAUUGGUGGCGAGGACACGGCCAAGUGGCGCUUGGUGCUGCGGAUCCUCCCGCAGACCUUCGGCUUCGCCGUGCCCCUCCUGGUGAUGCUCUUCUGCUACGGCGUCACCGUGCACACCCUCCUGCAGACCAAGAAUGCCCAGAAGCAGCGGGCCAUGAAGGUCAUCCUGGCCGUGGUGCUGGUCUUCCUCAUUUGCUGGCUGCCCUACAACAUCACCCUGGUGAGCGACACCCUCAUGAGGACACAGGCCAUUGCUGAGACAUGUGAGAGGAGAAACCGCAUCGACACAGCCCUCUCCAUCACACAGGUCCUGGGCUUCUCCCACAGCUGCAUCAACCCCAUCAUCUAUGCCUUCAUCGGGCAGAAGUUUCGCAACAGCUUCCUCAAGAUCUUGGCACAGCGCGGGCUCAUCAGCAAGGAUGCUGUGGCCCGCUACGGCCACCCUUCUUUCGCCUCCUCCUCUGGCAACACCUCCACCACCCUCUGA